AUGCCUCCGAUAAUAGUAAAAAAGAAAUUUUGUUUUCAUGAAUUCGACAGACUUUAUGAAGAUCUUAAUUCUGGUUUUCCUAUGAUGAAUUGGGACGAUUUAUUGGAUUUUACUUCUCUAAAAGAUCAUGUUCAAGUAAUGAAUCGUGAAUCAAAUUUUAAUCUUGAAUCCUUAAAAAGUUCUCUUGGAAUAAGUGAUGGAAACCAUAGUAUCUAUUUUAUUCGUGGAGGUGGACGAUAUGGAGUUGAAUUUUUCGAUGUAAUCGAUAAUGACAAACCAAUGAAAAACUAUAAGAAAAAAAUGUUUAUAAGUGAUAUAAAAAAUCGCAAUGAAACUUUA